AUGAUCUUCAAUGACAUCAACUCUUUCUACGAUGAGAAGAUCGGAGAGCUCGCCGAGUUCAAGGGAUACGAGCAGAUCGCCUGGAAUGCCAUGAUCCCAACAACCCGCCCGUCUUCUGGAUCUUCUUUCCCUCUUGGCGCAACAAGAGACAGGCUGAGUGCAACUGCGGAGCUCAAUCCCGCGGAUGCCCAGCUGGACCACCAGGACCACCAGGACAGCCAGGAGCUAAGGGAGAGUCAGGACUUCCAGGAAUUGCUGGGCAACCGGGAUCUGGAGCCAGAAUCAACCCAGCCACCGGCAAACCAGGAUUCUGCAUCACUUGCCCUGCUGGAGCACCAGGACCAGCUGGACCACCAGGACAGCCAGGACCAAAGGGAGUCAACGGACAGCCAGGAGCACCAGCUCCGUCCGGAGGACGUGGACCACCAGGACCACCAGGACCAGCCGGAGAUGCCGGAGCCCCAGGAAACCCAGGAGCACCAGGAGGCCCAGGACAACCAGGACGUGGAGGACAACGCAGCCGUGGAACUCCAGGAGCUGCUGGAAGACCAGGACCACAAGGACCAGCUGGAGCCCCAGGACAGCCAGGACAGUCGGGAGGAGCCGGAACUCCUGGACCACAGGGACCGCCAGGACCAGCAGGACAGCCAGGACAGCGCGGAGGAGAUGGACAACCGGGAGCCCCAGGAAACGCAGGAGCACCAGGAGGAGAUGCCGGUUAGUUGCCAAUCUUUUUCAGCAUCAUGUAUCUUCUAUCAUUCCAGCGUACUGUCCAUGCCCAGCUCGUUCUUCGGUCAUCGCCGCCCGUGCUGCCGUCAACCGCAACGUGGCUCGCAAUCGCGUCGUGGCUCGCAACCGCAUCGCCGCUCGCCGCCGUGUCGCUGUUCAGCGCAGAGUUCGUGUCCACGCUCAAGCCGCUGCUGCCGCCUAA